AGAAAAACAGAGCCAAUAAAGAAAGCUUUUUACAGGGUAACAAAAUUACAAAACCUUCUUUGGUCUGCUUUUUGAAGCAUUCUGGUCUCACUGAUCGUGACUCUUUUGAGGCCCUCCUCCCAUAUCUUUUCUGACCCCAGACGGAUUAUCCCUGAGAAAUUGAAGAAUCUAUAGAGAAAUAUUUGGGGGAUCAAGUGAACUGCUUCAUCUUCUUCCUUUUGAUUCCCCCCCCCCUUUUUCUGGUUUCAAAUGGCAGCUACUGAGUUUUUAGAGAGGCAAACUCGUGGCUUGUUUGGAUUUUUUGGUCUCUGGGUUUUGUAAAAUUGGUUGCUUUUUCUGUAGUCUCUAAUUUAGGGGAUUCAGAAUCCUUAGUUUUUCUUGUUCUUCCAAGCUGUAAGGUAGUAGCUUUGAUCAAAGAUUUUUGGAAUCCAUGGUGGUUUCUAGAUAAAAGAUUGAACUUCUCUGUGCGAGACUUUGAUGAAUGUUGCUUUAAAAAUGGCUGAAAGUGGAGGCAAUGGCAAUCUUCCAUCUCCGGUGGACAAGAACAGAAGAGCCGCUUCAUUUCCGAGGUUGUUUACUGGAUUCGCCACCUUGAAAGCGUUGUCUGAUAAUAACGAGGCUGUCAUGAGCCCGACUUCCAUUCUCGACGGCAAACCGUUCACCAGUCUAAGAAACGUUUUCUGGUCCGAUACUGGCACACCCAGAACCCCAGAACCAGAAACGCGACACAAGCUCGACUGCAAAGGGAUCGGCCUGGGCAUUGUCGAUGCUCUUCGGGACGAUGAUUCCGAUCCCAACCUGUCAAAACCCGAGACCCGAGUGGUCCUGUUGGGGUCUCAGCUGAGGAUUCAGAUUCCUCCCCUGCCUCCUUCUGUUCUUUCUCCGGCAGAUUCACCCAAAUCCCCUUCGGAGUUCGGUAUCAAGACGAGGAAUUCUCGAAUGGGUUCGUUCCCCUCCGGGUUAUCUCCUUCUCCGGUGAAGAAAUCUGGAUUUAGGUCUGUAAAUUCCGGCAUGGAUGCUGCCAAUUCUCCUCGGGUUUUCACCGGGUGUCUCUCUGCAACUGAAAUGGAGCUCUCCGAGGAUUACACUUGCGUCAUAUCUCACGGGCCCAAUCCGAGAACCACCCAUAUUUUUGACGAUUGCAUUGUGGAGAGCUCCUGUGGUGUUGUCGGAUUCUCUGCCCUGAGGAAGGAGAACGGAUUGCCCGGAGUUGAACCAAAUUACCAAUCGGAAAAUUUUCUCAGCUUCUGUUACACAUGCAAGAAGAAUCUUGGACAGGGAAAAGAUAUUUUCAUGUACAAAGGAGAGAAAGCUUUCUGCAGUCGCGAAUGCCGGCAUCAGGAGAUUGCCUUGGAAGAUGAAAUGGAGAAAUCGGAUUCUGAUGUUAUCUAUGGGGCUUGUUCUUGACAUUUCUCUUCAUGUUCAUCUUCAUCACUCUGUUCUUCAACCAAGAAGCAACGAAGAAUUAUUUUUUAGGGUUUCUUCAAAAUUUACAUGAAUCCAAGAAGAAAAAAAAUAUAUAUCAAAUUGACCCAUACCCUGGACGGUGGAAUCUAGUUUGGUGCUUUGGUCCUUUGUUCUUGUUUUCCCAUCCAAAACUAGAUUUGUCAAAUUUUCUUCUAUUCUAUUCUAAAACUUCU